UCCGGUCACGAGUGAUAAAUAUGGACCAAAAUGUCCCUUAAGUCGUAGUGAACUAGACCUUGGAACUACUUUCCCUCAACAGAUUGUCAUGCGUACACAAAAGCAAUGUUGUUCUCGAAAAGCAGUUUAUUCUGUAAUAUCUGUAUGUGUAUUUUGUAUGACUGUUGUCAGCGUUUUCUUCAUCAACCAAUCAAUGGUCGUCCUAUAUUUUGACCCGCCUACCUACUUGUGUCCGUAUUUCAGAGGUGGACUAGGAAAUCUUAUGUUCAUGUAUGCUUCACUUUAUGGAAUCGCUAUAAAUAAGAGAAUGAUAUUAGUUCUCGAAAACAAGGACCAUAUCAACACAGUUUUCCCAAACUUAAACGUACUCAAAUUGAAUAAUACGUCAUCAGUUUGUGGUGUCAAUGUUCAAGUAGUGGGUGAAAAAAGACCAUGUGCGUACGACAUAGAAACAAUUAGUUUUAACAGAAGGAGAAAUUCUCAACAUAGGUCGUAUUUACAAUCGUGGAAAUACUUCGACAAAUUCGAAUUUGAAAUUAGAAAACAGUUUGUUUUUACAAAGGAAGUACAAACUCAAGCACAGUCUAUAAUAAAUAAAUACACUAGUUCUUAUAUUAAACAACAUGGUAUUUCCGAAAAUUUACAAGUUAUUGGAAUACAUCUCCGAAGGGGAGAUUACUUAAAAGAUUAUAAUAUAAAAUAUGGAUAUCAAACUGUAAAUAAAGAAUAUAUGGAAAAAGCACUGCAAUAUUACCGAUCAAAAUUUAAAAACUGUUUAUUUUUGGUAUUCACCGGACAUUCAAAAGAUGCUGUAAAAUGGCGAGCAGACAAUAUAAACGGAAGUGACGUAAUACACGUGGAAGCUAAUUCACGAAAUGUAGACAUGUGUGCGUUAUCCAAAUGUAAUCAUACCAUAAUAACUGUUGGCUCUUUCGGUUGGUGGGCAGCCUGGUUAAAUAAUGGAAAUACAGUGUAUUUUAAAGAUGUUGCGAGACAAAACAGCUCGCUGAGAUCAGAUUUUAGUGAUGAUAUGAAAGACUUUUUCCCGCCAAAUUGGAUAGGUCUGUCUUGAAGAUGGUUUCAAAUUAUUCUAUGACAUUGAAUAUGCAAAAAUAAUUAUUUGCAAGUAAAAUAAGCAAACCAAUUAAUGAUGCACGACCGAUGACAUUUGAUAUCAUAUUUUUAUGACGGAAAUAUGUGGACCAAAAUAAAACGCAAUUAUUUUGUUACAUU